AUGUCUAAGAGAGGUCGUGGUGGUUCUUCGGGUGGUAAGUUCAGAAUCACGUUGGCUCUUCCCGUUGGAGCUGUUAUCAAUUGUGCGGAUAAUACGGGAGCCAAAAAUUUAUACAUCAUCUCUGUUCAUGGCAUUAAAGGUAGAUUGAAUAGAUUGCCUGCAGCUGGCAGUGGUGAUAUGGUUAUGGCAACAGUAAAAAAAGGCAAACCAGAACUUAGGAAAAAGGUAAUGCCGGCUGUUGUGGUACGGCAACGUAAAGCCAUAAGACGAAAAGAUGGGACCUUUUUAACAUUUGAAGAUAAUGCUGGUGUUAUAGUUAACAAUAAAGGCGAAAUGAAAGGUUCCGCCAUCACUGGACCUGUUGCCAAAGAAUGUGCUGAUCUCUGGCCACGUAUUGCGUCAAAUGCCAGUUGUAUUCAGUAG